AUGCAAGCCGCAGAGUCGAACGCAGUCGUGCCUCUUCGCGCGCGUGAACGGAAUUGAUUGUUCGGUUUUGGGUCUUGUCUUUCGAUAUUCUCGCCCCUACACGUACUCCAUCGCCUCAGUGCAGUGCUACGGACGAUCGGGUACGGUACACCAAAACAAAAAUUUAUCAAAACGGAAGUGAAGACAUCACCCGAGGGACAGAUCACAGUGAAAGAUCUUGUUGUACGUAGAUAACAAACCCACAGUUGCUUUUGCUGCAAAAAUUUUGAACGCAAACGCAUUCACCUGCCAAGUGUCACCCUCCCCUUGAGCGAAGCGUUUAACCCGUGCGAUCUCCUCCCGAUUUCGUUCAAUUUGUAGUGUCGGCAGCGCGUAACGAGAAACGGCGAAUUCCUAUCCGAUCUGCGAGUACCGUGCAAUCGUUGCGAAUUUUCGGGCUCGGUGUUGGUGUGUUUGUGAUACAGUGCAGGAGGGAUAAGAUAGAGAGGAAAACAAAACGGCCUCUCAAAACAGGCAACAGCAGUUGCCUACAGAAAAGUGCAAGCUUUCCCCCACGCACGGCGCUCGAAACGGCGGGCGCGCACACCAUUAGAGAAGGAGAGCCCCCCCUCGCUUGCAGGGCGAUUAGAGAGAAGAAAGCAAAAAAAACCUCCCCAUCCGCAAGAGCAAUAGUGCACAGGUGUGUCUGUGUGUGUGUGUGCACACUUUUUUCUUUAUUUCUUCAAUUGUUGAAAGGGAAAUUAGUGAAAACGCGGUGUACCCUCGCGUGAAGUGUGGUGUGUGCAGUAAAGAGGGAAACAAAGGGAAGGGGAAGCAAACAGAAGUGCGAGGGCGUGUGUGCGAGGGAGCGCGGGAGUUUGCCCAAACCUUUUGCCGCUUUUGGUUUGAAUUAAUUUGAAUUAAAACGGUAGCGAAACGGUGUGAAUAGUGCGCAAACCCGAAGCAACCGAAGCUUUGACGUGCUCACGUGUGUGUGUGUGUGCGGUUGUUUUCUUUCUUUUUUUUUGCUUUCUUUGCUGCAAGUCAGUUUUAAAUCGAGGCAGGCUGUGUGCACCGAAGAAUCUCGCAAACACUUUGACAUUUCGCUCCAAUUUUUUUUUGCUUUGGAGGACACUGAGGACACAACACGCACCGAGGAGACAGGGAAGUUUAUUGUUUGUUUUGUGCGCGGGCGAAUAGUUUGGCCGUUUGGUGGAAAUUUGCUGAACCAAACGCAAAGGAAGAAGUCGUUCCCACGAUUCGACGCCGGUGAAAAAUCCCAAGCAUUCCAGCGUGAUCUUGUACGCCGGUGGCCAAAGUAAGGGUGUGUUGAUGUUAUCAUGUUAAACGAAAAACAACAAAAAAUGAACACUCAAACAAUGUCUUUGUGGUCGAGUUUUUAGAACAUAGCGGUCUUCCCAAUGUCCAGAUUAAUGGAACCUGAUGACAUCCAAACCAACACAAAAACAGGACAUUGGAAAAAUGCGCAUCAGUCCAACGACAUCGCGAUCGAAACGUCACUGGAUGCCAGCGAUGUCACAUGCUUCUGCCCUGAAUAACAACAUGUGCGUGAACGGCACAUUCUUUGACCGCCGAAACUGGUUCUACGCUGAAGAUCGACCUCCUCUGCUCGAUCCCUUGCACACCCCACAAAGCUUCCAGCACCGGACACACCGGAUUCGACGGGCCGACCGACGAGACACGAAGAUGGGCCCGACAGAUAAGCUAACCACCGCUGACCGACGCCACCACCACCGCACGAUGACCGCACCGCCGCCAGCUCGCUGGGCACUGGGCGGUGUAACGAUGUGUCUAUUGCUUCUCACAGCGUCCGUCGUACAGACAGGGCCUGUGAUCCGAUCGCGACGCAUGAUCCGCGAGAUUUAUGUCGAAAAUUCGGCCGCAUCCCCAGCGGCACCAGAAACCGUCCCGGCCGAGAUGCCUACCAGCACCGCCAGCAACGCAACGGCAAGUGACAUGUGCCUGUACGAUGGUUCCUACAUUGAGCGAUCGGCGAUAGCGUGCGAGAAGAAGCACGGUUGCCGCGCGAUACAGAAGACGGGCGAAUGCUGCCCCGACUACCAGUGUGAAUGUCAACGCGACGGCAAAACGUACGCGAACGGUGAGAAAGUCUUUGAUCCGAACACGCCUUGCCGUGCCUGCUACUGCCAAGGAGGUGAAAUUACCUGCAGUGAAGUGAGCUGCUACAAACGCAACGACUGUGAUCCGAAGUACAUCCCCGGACGAUGCUGUCCAGAGUACGACAACUGUCCCCCACUAGAAAACUUCAAAAUCACAGACUCGAACGCAAAGGAUACCGCACACAACGAACGACACGACGAGGAAACGAACGAAGUGAAGGGAAACUAUGCUGCCGAGGCCGAGGACCUGACAGGAUCCGGACUUCAAAAGCAACAGCCAACGACGGCAACGCCAACAACGCCACCACCGCCCACCGUUACACCGUCGAUGCCGAACGAUAAUCCGCUCGGUAUCAAGAUCAAAGAAAUCACCAAAGCGGAAGAGAUUCGUCUGACCGACAAUCGUCCCAGUGCGGAAGAGCAGCAGCAACAGCAACAACAACAACAGCAACAACAGCAACAGCAGCAACAAUUGUUGGCUAGUCGCGAAACAAUUGCCGCAUCAUCUUCACCCCAAAGCGAGGAGCUCGUCAAUCUCGAACACUUGGACGUUCACGUGCCGGACGAUGAUGGCGAGAACGGGACAAAGAUUGUACGCCACACCGAUGCCGACGGUAUGCGCUCGGAGGUGAAUAGCGGUGAGCAGCGGAAGGACUCUAGCGCGAGUGAGGAAUCGCUCAAAACUACCUCGGCGGAAAACCGUCUGGAAUCGAGCGAAGCUUCCACGAUCGGUACGGUGUCAUCGACCUUAUCCGAGUCGGACGAAUGGAUGGACGUGAAGGAAUUUUCCGACUCAUCCACCUGGUCGUCUUCAAGCUCUGUGUCCGUCAGCACCACGACGCAGGCACCCUCGAUGGCUCCCUCCACCAGUGGACCUUCGUCCCACGAUGAAGAGGUCGUAUCGGAGAGCAAUAUGAAGCCAUCGAAACAGGACAAUGCACUCCCAGCCGUGGUUCAGAUUGGCGAUAAGCUCGUGAUUGUGGACCACAAUCAACCGAAACCCAUCACCGUGAUUCAGGUGGAGGAAGUGGAAGGUCUACAGCGAGGAGAGGAUGACAGUGUGUACGAUCAGGAGAUGUAUACCGAGCGUAGCCUUCCGGCAGCCGUCGAGAGUGGUCGUGAGUCAUCGAAGAAGCUGAAGCUUCAUCAUUCGGCCGAAGUGGAGCAGGAGACACUCUCCACGCAAGCGGAUUCUAGUGCUGCGUACGAAACAGUUUACCAUUCCGGAUCUACCGAGCAGGGUGGCGGUUCUUCGGAGGAGAUCUUCGAGACGCAACUCUACACCGAGGGACCGGAAGAUGCCGCUGUUUCGGCGGAACGGAACGACACACAGCGCGGUGAACCACUGUCGGUGAGCAAGGAAGAGUUUCUUCACAUGGGCGACUCGCAAGAGCCGGCAAAGAUUCGACAGGAGGAAGAUCACACGACAAGUGGACCCGUUGCUAGCUCCAGUACAUCGUACAGUAGCACCGAGGAAGGCAGCACCACCAUGUCCGAUUUGCCCGUUUCGUUGAGCUCCGAAGCUUCCGGCGAUGAGAUGAUUUACGAUACGCAUUUUUACACCGAAGGACCGAGCACAUCGUCGGAGGAGCAUGGUCCAACGCUAGGCACGGGCUCGGAAGAGUCCUCAACCGCAGGCAGUACGUACGUGCCGCGUCACACUGUCCCGGUAGCGGAUGAGUUAGCCCCACCGCGCGAAACCUACAUCGAAGACAACGAACACGAGCUCAUCCAUCCUGGGUUCCAGCCCAUUCCGGAAGAUUUUAGCCUUCCCCAGCUGGAUCAGCCGGCAAUGGAGAUGGAAAUGGAGCAUCACGCUGCCGCACCGAAGCAGGAAAAGAUUCUUUCCGAUGUGCUGAACUUGAAGCACAACAUGUCCUCGACCACGGGUCUUCCGGUGGGUAGUGCGGAAUUGACGACCACCUCGGAAGCUUCGAGCCAGGAGGAAACGUCCAACUCCCCAUCGUGGUUGAAAGAAGAUCCCCAACCGCAGCUACGCUCACCGGGCGAACCACUACUAAUUCCCGAGUGGGAGCGAAUGAAUGGUACGACCGGCGGCAGCAGCAGCAGCAGCAACAGCUCCUCCGAGGAAGAUCUCCGAUCCGAUCAGGAUGCAAGCGGUGGUGGCAAUGAGCCAAGCGAUUUCCAGGUGCUAAAGAUGGGCUCGGAAGAAUACGUAGACGCUGGCAGCGAGGGCAGCGGUUCCGAGCAUCCAACCUCUCCGGCCACCUCGGCCAAGACGUCAAAGGCCGAAGACCGGUCGGAAGAGGACGACGAGCCGGAGGGUAAAGCAAAGGAACCGACUUCGGAGGCAGUGGAAUCGGCCGCCAAUGCUAUUCUCGAUAUCGAUUCUCCCGCGGCAACGAACGCCACCGACGGUCAGUCGGAUAGUGUCAAGCACAAUCCAAAGAACGAUGUGGAGAGUUUGAAGUACGAUGAGGAUGAGAACAAUGCCACCGCCGAGGAGGCCAUCCCCAAGAAGGUGCAGCAGCUUGAGUCCAGCGAGCAGGACGUGACAGCGGGCAGUGUGCAAGCGCCCACGUUGACCAGUGUUUGAAUUCCCCGUACCGGUGGAAACAAUAGCAAAAACAAACCCCUCUGGUGCCAGUUUUAACAAGCCCCCUCCCCCCUUUUAAGCACAGUGACACAGUCCUCGGAAAGGUUAAGCAAGCAGAGCAAUGUAGUGUGGUGUAGGAUAUCAUCUUGGUUAUCUGCAGACGUGCCAUCAUGUUGAAGAUUUCCUCAAAAAUGGCAAUGAUCAGGUUGAAACCAUCUCAGAAGAACAGAAGAAAAUGGGACAAACAAACAAACAACAAAAAGCUAGCGUAACACGAAGGCUUUCUCAAGGUCUCUUCAUCGGCAUUAGGCAUUCAUGGGAAGGUUCAUGUACAGUCGUUUGAUUGAUUGAUUCAAAAUCCUUACGUUUAUUGACAGCCGA